AUGAGACUCACAACCUUGCUCCCCCAAGCCGCCCUCCUUCUCGCAACCACAACCCACGCCAGCACCACGCCCGCCGACGAGCCCACCCCCGUAGGCGCCCUCUGGGCCGCAAAAUGGGACGCCACCACACUCUCCCCCUACACACAACACUGCCUCACAAAAACCACACACAACGCCAAAAUCUACAAACUCUCGGAACUCUACCCGGACCUCGAGGAACAAGCCCCGCAACUCAAAGUCUUUUACAGCGGUCAGCUGUACGCGGGUUCCUGGGACGGCAUCGAUGUGCACGGCGGCGGGCGCGAGCUCAUUCGCAUGAAGAUGGCGGAUGUGCCGUUUAAAGUGCGCGAGUGGUUGAAGAAGGAGAGUAAGCAGAAACAUUAUAGUGUGCAGGAUGAUGAGGUUUUCUUUGCGCCGGGCGCGAUUUAUCCGAUUCUGCCGCUUUGGGUGGAGAGGGAGGAUGGGGGUGAGGGUAAAGGAGAGGAGGGGUGUGAGGGUGUGUUUGAGGGGUUGGAGAGUUAUAGUAAUGAGCCUGAGGAUGGCAAAGUGAUUGGCAAGGUGAAGCAUGAGGGGACGGGGGAGAAGGAGGUUAGGUUUACGGUUGAGGCGUUGGUUGUGAGGAGGAAGGAUGGUGGGGACAAGGAGAAGGAGGAGAAGGAAGAGAAGCCGGAGCUGUAG